GUCUGUUUUGCGGUUUCCUUCUCAAUUCUGCCCUCGUGUCACUUCUUCCCUUCUCCUCACUCGUAUUCAAUUUCUGGCAAACGCUUUUCUCAUUGGCCAACGCGUUGCCCGUUAUGUCUCCAAAACUUCUUACUCCCCACCUCAUUCUCCUGGACUUGGCACCACCUGUUUUUCUUCACAACUUCAUUUCAACACACGCAAAAACUCCUACUGACUGCACAGCGGUGCCUGCCGACUAGGGUUCCCUUCCGUCGUCAGUGGAUGUUCCAAGUCUCGUCUGUUUCAUCAAGUGUAGCAGCGGGACCUUGAUACGACUGUUGAAAAAACAAAAACGUUUGCAUUAUUUAUUUGUACCACCCCUUACAUAAAACCUAACAAAUAACAUAACUCGAGGCGUGCCAUGAGUGUGUCACAUGCUUCGUGUUUCCAGUUUUAAAGGUGAAAAAUGGACUCGCGCGGGGUGAGACAGCAUCGAUGUCCACGCUCCAAAAGCGCAAAUUCAUUUUCGCACAAUUUUGUCCAGUUACUCAGCUUGCGGACAUCUCUUGCGUGCGAGUCUUGACCACAUCCGGUGAUGACGCUUGGAACGGAAACCGACGGUCUAUGUAUCAUGCCGAGCUGUGAAGGGAUGUCGAUUCGAGCAAGAUAACUGAUUCUCCACCGAAAAGCGUCUCCGUGUGGAUCCCUAAACAGCGAAAACGAUCGGACAGGGAAGCCGUACAGAUACGAGAGAUCUGAAAGGUAAACAGGCAUGGCGAAGGUGUAUCACACCUUUUGGCUGCCGUUGCGGCUCGUGUCACACCGUGUACCAAGUAUCAACUUAGAUGCACCGAUGGAAAUAGUUAAUGCUUGUACGGUUUGUACCUACUUGACGCCUCAGUUUAAGCAGAACUGUAGUUUAUCGGGACUAAAGUCAGCAUAAUCAAUUAAGAGGUUUGUUCACCCACUUCCCUCUAGACGGUACCAUACACCGUAUAGGGAAGGCGGGGUGAGGGCCCUUCUAUUUUCUGCGUCCAAAUUCCAUAACAUGACCGUCUCUGUCUUUUGAUUGUCGUCGGAAACACGGCUUCGACUCCAUUGUCCCUGCUGGUUUGGCGAUGAGUGGUGCAGAGAAGAGAGGCGCCCGGUUGGGCGCGACAUCAAGUUCUCUGUGGUUAGCACCUAUUAGAUACUUCGACUACCUUGGUCGAUUCAACACCUCUAAAAUCGUCUCGUCUUCUCCACGUUUUAGUUGUCUCCGUUGUCUCCUCUCCGUUUCACAUUCCGUAUCGCGAGCCCGCCCCUUGGCGUUGCUUUCUGCGUCGCAGAAGCACUGCCUUUGUCCAUCUCUUCCUGCGAGUCGCUUUUCCCAUGACCCUUCCUCCGUCAGUUGUUCUCUUUGUCGCAACGAUCUCUCAAAAGGAGGAGGAUCCGUGAAAUUUGAGUUUCCACCUCGGCGACAAACACCUCUACACCCGUCCAGCAGUGCUUCCCCUUCUGUUCGUACCUCUUCCACCGUAUCGUCUGCCGUACGGUAUACCCCCGCUCCGCUGGUUCGUCUGUCUUCUUGUUCCCCUCUAGACACCGCUUCGUUUUCCAGCUUGUGUGUAUCGCCGAGCAGUAAGCUAUCAGAUGGUGUCCAGGGUCCACUACAUCGACAACUGGGGAACUCUGCUUCGCGGCCAUUGCGCUGGAUUUCAUCUGCUUCUCGCCUCUUAAGUUACAAUGCUGUCGGUCCGUUUGCGGUACAUCCUUUGCCACGUUUUUCUCUAACCCGCUACCUUUCGAGCUCCCGACGGAGAUCGUCUGACGCUCUCUCACGGAUUCACCCAAAGCUGCAGCGGGCGCCAGACCUGUCGGUUCACCCACUGAAAGUCGUUCUUGUGGGUCGUCCAAAUGUAGGCAAAUCCUCCCUUUUUAAUCGUCUGAUCAGUGGAACGCGAGGAAACUCUACGUCCUCGCCCUUUGCCCGGUUAAAGCGUCUGCAGCAAGCGAUUGUGUCCCCACAGGCAGGCACAUCGCGGGACCGAAAGGAGGCAAGGGCAGUCUUCGGCGGUCUUCAGCUGCUUCUUGUCGACACGGGAGGGCUCGAGGACACCGAAACCACAGAGGCAUGCGAGCUGCUUAUCAACAUGAGAAAACAGGUGCGUUUUGCCCUGAAGGACGCCGACUGCGUUCUCUUCCUCAUUGACGCCACUGAAGGAGUAACACCUGUUGACAUUCUGCUAAGCCGCCUUCUGAAUGACUGGCUAGACGAACAGCAGCGAAUUGACACUGCCAAACAGGCAAAAGUGAUGCUACGUAUUCCUCCCGAAUCAAUUAUUGUGAGAGCUUCGGCGGCGUCGGUCGCAGCCGUCCAGGCCGAAGGGGGGGGGAGUCUGAGGCAGCGAGUUCAUGCCGGCACUGCGGGCCGUGUGUCGCUUGUCUCUGACCCCCGCGAAGGCCCACAAAAGAGACGACGAACAAAAGCGCGAGCAGACGAGGCGAAGGGGGACUGUUGGAACGAGCACAAAAGCCACGACGGUGGAGAGGUUGCUACCAGCUGCUCCGUCGGAGACGGGAGAAAAAAGAACGUUGCCGACCAAAAGCGGAUGCUGCAGAGCCAUGAUCCGGGAGGUGUCGAGGAAGCCGAGCGAAUUCCUGUCAUUCUCGUUGUCAACAAGGCAGACGGUUGCUUCUUCGGUGAUUACCUGGCGGACUGCUACGACCUGCAUCUGGGGGCGCCUGUGCUCGUCUCGGCGAAGAAGAAUGAAGGUAUGGAUGACCUCUACGAUCGCCUGGUGCUCGAAGUUGGUCACCUUCAGGACACCACGGAGGGCUUGUUCGGAAACGCCAGCAACAUGGUGGAAGAUGAGGAAGACGCCACCCUCAGCGCAGACGACGACACACCAGUUCACGACGGAGGAACGGAAGAGUCAGACUUGGAGGGAGACCCUCAACUGGAAAAAGAGGAGCCUCCUCACAAGGAGGCAGCUCCAGUUUCAGACUAUGAGGCGGAAGAGAGCAUUGAACUGCUGCCGGAGGACCUGGCACGUCUCGAAGAGCGCAUGCACCCUCCUCGUCCAUCCGCGGCUGCAGGCGCCUGGCUAGAAGGCAUGGCGAGGCGCUACGGGGAAUGCGGCAUUGAGGAAACGUUCAAGCACUUCACAGAUCCGACGAGCCCGCAGUAUAUUCCGUGGGAUCUUUCACAGACUUCUCUUGCGGCUGCUGCUGCCACGGCAGCUGUGGAAAGGAAGCUUCGUUCGGCGGCAAAGGCGAAACAAACAGGGGAGGAGAGAGGGAAACAUCCAGAGGAAGGAGAAGGAAUUACGUCGAUUAAGUGCCCUGACAACCAUGAGGACGCGCGAUUUCAUGGAGGAAGAGGAGAGGGCAGUGGAGCUGUUAGCACUCUCGGGAGGGAAGAAAUUCAAAUGGCGGAGGCUGAGCUGGCUGCGGCAUCCUCUCUGUCGAUAGAAGCCCCACCGGAUUCCCUUCGCACGCGGCUGCGUACCAAAGCGGCUCGGGACUACGUGCUUCCAAUUCGCCGUCAGCUGCUCUUUGAUGAUGUGAUCCACGUCGCCAUCAUCGGGCGUCCGAACGUGGGAAAAUCCACGUUAGUAAAUUCACUUCUUCAGGAGGAGCGUAUGGUGGUUGACAAUAGGCCCGGAACGACCACAGAUGCUGUGGGCACUCUGUGGAGGUUUCAAGGUCAUCCAUUUCGACUUAUCGAUACAGCAGGUGUUACUCGAGGCUGGAAGAUGAGGCAUACAGAUCUGCUGUUGGAAGCGGGACUUCAGACGCUUCGCAAUAUUCGAAACUCUCAGGUCUGCAUUCUGUGCAUCGACGCAUCUCUCGCUAGAGACACCGGCCAGCCGAUAAGCAGCCAUGAGCUUGCCCUCGCGCAUUUGGCAAGUGAGAAAGAAGGGCGUUGUCUCGCAGUCUGCGUAACGAAAUGGGAUCUUGUGCCAGAGAACGAACGAGAGAAACUUCGAAGGGAGAUUCUGGAGCGUCUCCAAUCCGGACUGGGUCACCUAAAGGGGUGCCCAGUUGUCUUUGUUGCCGCGAAGUACGGUCAAAAUGUGGAGACCCUCAUGACCAAAAUCAUGGUGCUGUACAGAAGGUGGAAUGCAAGAAUCCCGACGUCAAAGCUGAAUUCAUGGCUGCGGGAAUUCGUGCUUCGAUGGCCGCCUCCUUGGCGUCUGGGGUCGAAGUGCCAGGUGAAAUACAUGACUCAAGUCAAGGCCAGGCCACCUACCUUUGUUGCGUGGUCUAAUGUUUACAAUACGUUCCCAGUUCAUUACUUGAGGCAACUGACCAACACAAUGAGGGAGGAAUUCUCUCUUGCCGGCACGCCGCUCCGUCUCAUUCUUCGAACGACUGCAAUGCCGACACCAGGAAAGAAACUCUCAAGAGCCGACGUGCUGAAGUGGAGAAGACUUGGACCGAAACAGCACAAAGCCGUUACUGAUUUGGCUCGAGGAUAUCGGCCGAAGAAAGCCUCAGCUUCCAGCAAGUGAGCACGCAACCAGUUGUGUGGACCUGACCCAAUUUGUAGCAGCAUCGGAUUCCGAAAAGGAGAGAAAGAAAAGAGAGGACUGCAGCCUUGAUAGGAUGUCGGGAAGUGAGAGUCUUGCCAAAGUGAGAUGUGGCUUCGCUCGGAUGUGUCGCCAAGUCGUGGCCAGUGUUAUUCGGGUAUUACUGCAUGAACGUAAUUCUGAACAGUGCCAAAGGGAGAAUCAAUUUUCGUAAUCAGAAAAUGGUCUGCCCAACGACAAGUCUUGAUGAAUAGACCGUUGUGAUAGAGGGCACCAUAUGGGACCAAAACGUUAUAGCACUCGAAGUUAACGCCCUAGCCGAUUGCUAGGCCGUGCUCAUUAUUUUGAUCCCUGUGAGAAGGAAGCUACAUAGCAUUAGCUCUGGGCACAGGUUGCCUACCGACGGCUUGCAUGAAGCCAGGCGUUGUGAAUGCAUCAGAAGACGUCUUAUCGGGGGAUAAAGUGCAAACUGCGCAGACUUCAUAACACUUCCGUGGGAGUGCACGCGAUGUGGGUGUGUCUAUGACUCCUGCGCUUGGCCAGCAUGGCGCUGAAGAGUGAUCGCGGAUUGCGCUUCAACGAAGCAACUUCAGUUUACGUUUUCCGCAGGAAUUCCAGGAUCCUGCGUGCGUUCCGUAACUUGAACGUCUAACUGGUGAACCAACUUUUCGCCCCCCCUACCGGACGGAGACAUCCGUGAAUUCCGGGGACAUCGCAACUACUUUUGGGAUAGAAUACCGUGACG